AAAAUUACCCCUGAAUGCUUAUAUAGUCAGUUUAAUAGUAUUUUCUUAUUUAAUCAUAGGAAGAUUUUUAUUAAUUGAAUUAUUCUUUUACAAAUAAAAGAUCAACAGAAAGUCGCGUGUAGAAUUUGUCAGAAUGGCCGAUAUACACGAAUGUUCCAAGUUAAAAGUGAGGUUUCCAAGAAAGAGAAAUAAUCCUACAGUGAAACGUAAAAAAUUAUUGUCUUCUGACUAUAUUAUUAAGAAGAGACAACCUUUUGAUACAAAGAAGAAACGGAGAAAUAACGAUAUAUAUAUUACUAAUAACACAAACUUUAAGGCUCAAUUAAAAAAAUGUGAAAAACACUUAAAUAAUGGUACCUCUGAAGUAAUUAUUCAUGGUCUUGGUGCUGCUGUACAAAGAGCAUGUAGUUUGGCUCUACAAUUAAAGAAGAAUCAUCACGAUAGCAUAGAAUUAGAAGUCAAGACUUCUACGAUAUCUAUUAUUGAUGAUUUUGAACCUGUCAAUGAUAGUGCAGAUUAUGAAAUAAUUAAUCGAAAAAACUCAGCAGUACAUAUUCGAGUGUUUCGACAAUUUUCACUACGUACUCUUAAAUAUCAAAAAUAAAUCUUUCUAAAAAAUACUCAAGAUUCUUUAGUAAAAACAAAUACAAUAAGUAACAAAGGACAAUUGAUAACAUAAUAAAUGAAAAUAUAAAAUCAAAUUAAUAAUU